AUGAACAGCCUGCCUGACGAAAUCCUAUCCAGAAUUCUCUUCCUCGCAGCUACCCCCCACAACGGCUCUGAAGUCGACGCUGCCGCGAGUGACGCGGAGCCCAGCGUGGAUUCCGAUGUCAGCCCGUGCCAUGGCAUGGGGAUGGUGUCGAAGCGAUGGGCCUCGCUGCUGCCCGUCGUGCGCAUCACCGCUGCUGCCGACAUGGCAUCUCGUCCGGAGGACUCUGACGAUCAAGACGACUCGCUGCUUCCCGCCUCUACGCUCUCCGCGCCCGCGCUCUUCCGCGCCUUGUUCCGCGCGCCAAGCGUGACUUCCCUCACGCUGGGCGACGGCGCUCUCGAUUUCUACGACCACCACUUCCUUACCUCGCUGCUCGCCGCUUGUCCCAACCUCACCUGCGUGAGCCUCGGCGAGCCUUGUUUCAAAGCCGCACCCCCGCCCUUCACGAUCGGCCUCGCACCGCUCGACUCGUUCUUCCGCGCCGUAGCGCCGCAGUUACAGGAGCUCGCGCUGCUGCUUCCUGUCGACAUCAUGAAACUUCCUGAUUCCAUCUCGUCGCUGUCGUCGCUGCGCGUGCUUCGCCUGCGCGCGAACGAGUUGCAACGGCUCCCGGAGGGACUGUGCCAUCUGCCCGCUCUUCAGGAGCUGCGUCUCAGCUGUCGGAUGCUGGAGCUGCCCGAGAACCUGGGGCGGCUGAAAGCUUUGAGGCACCUCGCUAUCACGAGGGGGGGCAGGAACUUGUUCCCCCUCCCCGAAACUCUAAGCGACCUCGCGUCACUCACCUCGCUCCGUAUUGACGGCUGGUGGAACGUGCAACUCCCGAGUGGCAUUGGCGCGCUGCAGCAGCUGCGGCGCCUAGAGCUGCGACACUUGGACGGCGAGUUACCAGACGCGUGCAACGCGUGGGCGAAUCUGGAAGAGGUUUCGCUGGACAGGUGCAGCAUGCGCUCUCUCCCGCCCACGUGGCUGCAGACCCUCACUCGCCUCACCCUCCGCUCCUGCGACCACCUCGAGUCUCUCCCCAUCCCCCACGUCGCCUGCGAUUCACCGCUACGGCACUUGACGCUCGAGGGUGUUGGCUCCACUGUGCCGUUGCACCCACUCAGCCGACUGACCUCCCUCCAAAGGCUCAAGGUCUCGGGUUCAAGGUCCCGUGGCAAUGUGAAUGCGGACUUCCCCGUGGGCUUGUUCUCCUUGCCGUCGCUGUCUCACCUCCACCUCACAGAUGUCUUCCUUCCCUCUCCCCCUCCUCGCCUCACCCGCCUGCUCUCACUCCGCAAGUUACGCAUCAGCAGCGCCCACAUUCCUCACGCUGAGACCUUCAUGCCGGAGAACAUCGGCGAGCUGGCAGCGCUGGAGUGGCUCGAGCUGGAAGGGCGUGUGUGGGAUGAGGAAUUUCCGCCACUUAUGGACAGGGUACUCGGGAUGAUCCGUCGAGAAGAGCCGCAGCAUUUACCACAAGAGUUUGGCUCUUGUGGGGCACCAACGAAUGUGACUACUGAGGGUUCGUCUCCCUCUCUGCCAGACACCCUCAGCAGCCUGUCCUCGCUGCAAGAAGCAUCUCUGAGCACUCCAGUCUUUGCCAGCCUGCCUCCCUCCUCCUGCCUCCUCUCUCGCCUCCACACACUCGCCAUCACCGGCAGUGACUGCCUUGUCACCCUGCCCGCUGAUUUCGGCUCCCUAGGCGCCCUCCAACGCCUCUCCAUCCACUCCUGCUCUCACUUGCAGAGCCUCCCCGAAUCGUUCUCCUCGCUCAUCUCCCUCGUCCGUCUCACCAUAACACUCCCGUGCCAUGGCAUGGGGAUGGUGUCGAAGCGAUGGGCCUCGCUGCUGCCCGUCGUGCGCAUCACCGCUGCUGCCGACAUGGCAUCUCGUCCGGAGGACUCUGACGAUCAAGACGACUCGCUGCUUCCCGCCUCUACGCUCUCCGCGCCCGCGCUCUUCCGCGCCUUGUUCCGCGCGCCAAGCGUGACUUCCCUCACGCUGGGCGACGGCGCUCUCGAUUUCUACGACCACCACUUCCUUACCUCGCUGCUCGCCGCUUGUCCCAACCUCACCUGCGUGAGCCUCGGCGAGCCUUGUUUCAAAGCCGCACCCCCGCCCUUCACGAUCGGCCUCGCACCGCUCGACUCGUUCUUCCGCGCCGUAGCGCCGCAGUUACAGGAGCUCGCGCUGCUGCUUCCUGUCGACAUCAUGAAACUUCCUGAUUCCAUCUCGUCGCUGUCGUCGCUGCGCGUGCUUCGCCUGCGCGCGAACGAGUUGCAACGGCUCCCGGAGGGACUGUGCCAUCUGCCCGCUCUUCAGGAGCUGCGUCUCAGCUGUCGGAUGCUGGAGCUGCCCGAGAACCUGGGGCGGCUGAAAGCUUUGAGGCACCUCGCUAUCACGAGGGGGGGCAGGAACUUGUUCCCCCUCCCCGAAACUCUAAGCGACCUCGCGUCACUCACCUCGCUCCGUAUUGACGGCUGGUGGAACGUGCAACUCCCGAGUGGCAUUGGCGCGCUGCAGCAGCUGCGGCGCCUAGAGCUGCGACACUUGGACGGCGAGUUACCAGACGCGUGCAACGCGUGGGCGAAUCUGGAAGAGGUUUCGCUGGACAGGUGCAGCAUGCGCUCUCUCCCGCCCACGUGGCUGCAGACCCUCACUCGCCUCACCCUCCGCUCCUGCGACCACCUCGAGUCUCUCCCCAUCCCCCACGUCGCCUGCGAUUCACCGCUACGGCACUUGACGCUCGAGGGUGUUGGCUCCACUGUGCCGUUGCACCCACUCAGCCGACUGACCUCCCUCCAAAGGCUCAAGGUCUCGGGUUCAAGGUCCCGUGGCAAUGUGAAUGCGGACUUCCCCGUGGGCUUGUUCUCCUUGCCGUCGCUGUCUCACCUCCACCUCACAGAUGUCUUCCUUCCCUCUCCCCCUCCUCGCCUCACCCGCCUGCUCUCACUCCGCAAGUUACGCAUCAGCAGCGCCCACAUUCCUCACGCUGAGACCUUCAUGACGGAGAACAUCGGCGAGCUGGCAGCGCUGGAGUGGCUCGAGCUGGAAGGGCGUGUGUGGGAUGAGGAAUUUCCGCCACUUAUGGACAGGGUACUCGGGAUGAUCCGUCGAGAAGAGCCGCAGCAUUUACCACAAGAGUUUGGCUCUUGUGGGGCACCAACGAAUGUGACUACUGAGGGUUCGUCUCCCUCUCUGCCAGACACCCUCAGCAGCCUGUCCUCGCUGCAAGAAGCAUCUCUGAGCACUCCAGUCUUUGCCAGCCUGCCUCCCUCCUGCUGCCUCCUCUCUCGCCUCCACACACUCGCCAUCACCGGCAGUGACUGCCUUGUCACCCUGCCCGCUGAUUUCGGCUCCCUAGGCGCCCUCCAACGCCUCUCCAUCCACUCCUGCUCUCACUUGCAGAGCCUCCCCGACUCGUUCUCCUCGCUCAUCUCCCUCGUCCGUCUCACCAUCACACUCCCGUGCCAUGGCAUGGGGAUGGUGUCGAAGCGAUGGGCCUCGCUGCUGCCCGUCGUGCGCAUCACCGCUGCUGCCGACAUGGCAUCUCGUCCGGAGGACUCUGACGAUCAAGACGACUCGCUGCUUCCCGCCUCUACGCUCUCCGCGCCCGCGCUCUUCCGCGCCUUGUUCCGCGCGCCAAGCGUGACUUCCCUCACGCUGGGCGACGGCGCUCUCGAUUUCUACGACCACCACUUCCUUACCUCGCUGCUCGCCGCUUGUCCCAACCUCACCUGCGUGAGCCUCGGCGAGCCUUGUUUCAAAGCCGCACCCCCGCCCUUCACGAUCGGCCUCGCACCGCUCGACUCGUUCUUCCGCGCCGUAGCGCCGCAGUUACAGGAGCUCGCGCUGCUGCUUCCUGUCGACAUCAUGAAACUUCCUGAUUCCAUCUCGUCGCUGUCGUCGCUGCGCGUGCUUCGCCUGCGCGCGAACGAGUUGCAAUGGCUCCCGGAGGGACUGUGCCAUCUGCCCGCUCUUCAGGAGCUGCGUCUCAGCUGUCGGAUGCUGGAGCUGCCCGAGAACCUGGGGCGGCUGAAAGCUUUGAGGCACCUCGCUAUCACGAGGGGGGGCAGGAACUUGUUCCCCCUCCCCGAAACUCUAAGCGACCUCGCGUCACUCACCUCGCUCCGUAUUGACGGCUGGUGGAACGUGCAACUCCCGAGUGGCAUUGGCGCGCUGCAGCAGCUGCGGCGCCUAGAGCUGCGACACUUGGACGGCGAGUUACCAGACGCGUGCAACGCGUGGGCGAAUCUGGAAGAGGUUUCGCUGGACAGGUGCAGCAUGCGCUCUCUCCCGCCCACGUGGCUGCAGACCCUCACUCGCCUCACCCUCCGCUCCUGCGACCACCUCGAGUCUCUCCCCAUCCCCCACGUCGCCUGCGAUUCACCGCUACGGCACUUGACGCUCGAGGGUGUUGGCUCCACUGUGCCGUUGCACCCACUCAGCCGACUGACCUCCCUCCAAAGGCUCAAGGUCUCGGGUUCAAGGUCCCGUGGCAAUGUGAAUGCGGACUUCCCCGUGGGCUUGUUCUCCUUGCCGUCGCUGUCUCACCUCCACCUCACAGAUGUCUUCCUUCCCUCUCCCCCUCCUCGCCUCACCCGCCUGCUCUCACUCCGCAAGUUACGCAUCAGCAGCGCCCACAUUCCUCACGCUGAGACCUUCAUGCCGGAGAACAUCGGCGAGCUGGCAGCGCUGGAGUGGCUCGAGCUGGAAGGGCGUGUGUGGGAUGAGGAAUUUCCGCCACUUAUGGACAGGGUACUCGGGAUGAUCCGUCGAGAAGAGCCGCAGCAUUUACCACAAGAGUUUGGCUCUUGUGGGGCACCAACGAAUGUGACUACUGAGGGUUCGUCUCCCUCUCUGCCAGACACCCUCAGCAGCCUGUCCUCGCUGCAAGAAGCAUCUCUGAGCACUCCAGUCUUUGCCAGCCUGCCUCCCUCCUGCUGCCUCCUCUCUCGCCUCCACACACUCGCCAUCACCGGCAGUGACUGCCUUGUCACCCUGCCCGCUGAUUUCGGCUCCCUAGGCGCCCUCCAACGCCUCUCCAUCCACUCCUGCUCUCACUUGCAGAGCCUCCCCGACUCGUUCUCCUCGCUCAUCUCCCUCGUCCGUCUCACCAUCACACUGUGCCCUAACCUUUCCAACCUCCCUGAUGGCUUCGGCUCCCUGCCCCGACUGGCAUGGCUGACAAUCAACGACUACUCCUCGUCCCUCUCCUCGCUCUGCGCCUUAGGCAUGCCUCACGAUGCGGAGUAA